GCCGGGCUGCGGGCCGGGCCGGGCGGCGCGGGGGAUGUAGCGCUCAGCACCGCGGACAGCGGCGGGGCCGGCCGGGGGCUGGGCGUGGGUCCCGGGGCCAUGGCCGGCGUGCAGCAGGGCGAGAAGCAGCUCUUCGAGAAGUUCUGGAGAGGCACCUUCAAAGCCGUGGCCACGCCGCGACCCGAGAGCAUCAUCGUGGCCAGCAUCACCGCCCGCAAGCCGCUGCCCAGUGGGACGCUCAGCUGCCUGCCGUGCCCUGUGGAGGACAGACGGCCCGAGAAGCUGAGCAGCUGCGUGGUCAGGGAGCCUGCCAGCACCAAUGGCUGUGCCAAGGGGAGGGACAGACGAGACCGUGCCCACAGCAGGUCACGCAGCCCUUCAUGUGAUGGGGAGCGGCCGCUGCCGGCUCGGGGGAAGAAGAAGAAAAAGAAAUCUGGCCGCAAGAAGAGAAGGAGGUCUCCCUCCUACAGCCCUUCACCUGUGAAGAAGAAGAAGAAGAAAAGCUCCAAGAAGCGAAAAAGAAACAGGUUGUCAUCAAAGAAGAGAAGGCACAGUUCUUCAAGCCCCAAAAGUAAGAGAAAGGAAGAAAGAAAACACAAAAAACACUCUCGUGGGCGCACCCGGAAAUCCCAUCGGCAUCGCCGCUGCCACUCUCGCUCAGAGAGCUCCGACUCCCACUCCCCCAGCUGCCGGAGCAGGCACAGAGCCAGGUCUCGGGAGGAAGGGCGUAAAACACGGCGAAGACGCUCCUGGCACCAUUCAAAGAUCACGGCAAAGAGAAGCUCCUCUGCAGAGGUUCAGGCGAGUCAAAAAGCCAGCCAAACCCUCCCGCUCUACAGCUUCCUGUCUUCUAAGGAAGUAAUCUCUCAGUCAGGGUCUUCUGCUGACCUCUUUACCAAAACAGACAGCCCGCCUGGCAACCUAGCCAGCCAGAAUGGAGAGUAUCAUGAAUAUGACUCAGGAAACGAUACUUCCUCCCCUCCCUCCACUCAAACGAGCUCAUCCAGGUCAAAGGACAGCCCGGAGAAAAGAAGUCUAGUCCAUGAUGGCUUUGGCCAUGCCUUCUCGUCUGGGAAGCCCAAACUGGCCAACAGCGAUAACAGCUCUGAUUCAGGAAAUUCCUUCACCAGUUGCUUUUCCCAGACCAAGGGAACAGCUUUGGAAAAUCUGUCUCCAGAUGCCCAGGGACAAGACCGAAGAGCGUGCCUCCCCUCAUGUCUCAGUUCCUCAGAGGAGAAGAAGCGAAUCUUCCUCCCCUUGGCAGCCCCCAGCUCCCCGUGCAGGCCUGGCUCCCGCAGCAGGUCCUGCAGCAGCACGGGCCGAUCCUCUGCCAGCUCCAGCCGCUCCCGCUCCUCGCACCAGAAGGCCUCGCCCAGCUCCUCCCGAAGCAGGUCCUGCUCCUCGGGAAAGAGGUCUUCCUCACGUUCCCCCAGCUAUUCCUCCAAAUCUUGCAAAAAAAGUCCUGGGAGUAGAAGUUCAAGGCCUCGCCGGAGCCCCAGUUACUCCCGCUACAGCCGUAGCAGGGACCGCGAGCGGGAGCACAAGUACAGCUCUAGCGAGAAGGAGUCGCACCGGGAGCGGCAGCGGCGGCGCCGCUCCUAUUCCCCCCUGAGGAAACGCCGGAGAGACUCUCCCAGCCACCUCGAAGCUCGGCGCAUCACAAGUGCCCGCAAACGCCCCAUCCCCUACUACCGUCCCAGCCCCUCCACCUCCAGCAGCGCCGGCAGCUAUUCUUCCUGGUACAGCAGCUUCAGCCGCUCCCCGAGCCGCAGCCGCAGCUACUCCAGCUACCGGACGAGCCGGAGCCGAAGCUGGAGCAGCAGCCGGAGCUCGGGCCCCAGGAGCAGCCGCAGCAGGAGCAGGAGCAGGAGCUAUGACUCAGGAGCCAGCUCCGACAGCCUGCGUCGUUAGGGAGUGCCACUGCUGGCUGACACCGGGUGCCGGCGUCACCGCCACAUUCCUGGCAUUCUCCGCUUCCUUCCCACCUACCUGGCCAUCGAUAGCAAUCAUCCCGAUACUGAUGUGGUGGCGUUGCCGGGUCCCCCUUCCCCGGUCCGGAGUAAGAGCCCUGGAGCGCCUGGUGCAGCUCCUCCGCCCCAGCGCAGAGCGAGUGGAUCAGUCCCAGCUCCCCAGGCCAGGCUGGAAGAAGGGUCGGUGCUUUAUGGAGGGUCUGUCAUGACAGACCUGCUCCAUCCUCCCCGAUGCUUCCAUCUCCUCAUUGCCACUGGUCUCCAAAGCACUACCAGCAGGUCCAAAGGAAAGAACUCUGCUCCUUGCUCUUCUGACAAACCAGGAACCAACAGAUUAACUUCUCUUGGAGAGACAGACCCAGCUGGGGAGGAGUUUGCUGUAAAGCUUCGGUGGGGGGUGGGGGGAUAGGGAGGUGGGAUGGCUGUCCACACCAAGGCAAAUACCAGGUCAUUUGGGUCUCUCCUCCAGAGCUGCUGCCCACUCUGCAGAGAAAAUAUUUAUUUUUUGCCAGUCAUCCAGUCCCUAUAGAAGGCUAGAAAUCCCUCCCGAUGUACCUCCUGGGGGGGAAAAAAGGCUGUUUGCUCUUUCUCCUGCCCUUUCCUACCAGGUAGCAGCAUCUUUUGCAGGGUUGUCUUAUCCCCCCAGCACUGAAUUGCUUGCAAACCACCUGCUGAGGUCUGAAGCAGACCUGGGGCUGGUGGGGUACAAGGCAGAGGGGAGGUGGUGCCAUGCUGUGCUCCCAGGGGCCAGGCCAUGCAGGGGAGACAGGGGCCGUGGGCUUCUCCUCCUGGAGGAAGCCUC